AUGAUGACCGAAGGCGAAGUAUCAACGAAAACAACCAUCAACGCGUCUCUAGAGCGAUACAAGAUUGAAAACUUCAAAAAUACGAAUGCUAAGCGAGUACCUUACCAGGAAAUCGACUACAAUAUCUACAAAUCAAGUCAUGUUGAUUUUUCAACCACGGAAAAACGCCUUCCAAUAUUGAUUAAGGCUCUAUUCUGCCGAUACCACGAAAAUGGCGGAAUCAGUAAUACGAAAAUCAUCACUCGAUGGCUUGAGCAAGAAAAUCAAGAUAAUCCGUCGAAAUGCGAUAAAAUCUCGCUCAGUUUUCACACAAAAGAGAAUGAAAAUGUUCUAACCAUUACAGUCAAUGUUACUGCUGGUCCUAUUAAAGCUCAAGGUAGAUUCUACAAAGAAUGGGGAGCGAAGGAAUUCGAUCAACUGUUUGCCAUGGUAAACUCACCACAGAACACGUGGAAAGUCGACAAUAUAAAACCCUUCGUGGAAAGCAUUCUAAAGGAGGAUAAGAUCGACCUUCAACCACUGGAAAAACAAAACAAGCGUUGUAUGAAGAAAGUACAACCCCAAACACUCCUCGUGAUAAGACAUUUUCCCAGAUGCGAUUACAACUGGCUAAUAUCGAAGCAGAAUUUGUCUUACAUAGAGAAAAUACUAAACAAACAAUCUCUGAACUUUCGCAGUCUAUUGAAACGAAAGACAAAGAAAUCGUGUCUUUAAAAAACACAGAAAAAGAGAAACAACAAAUCAUCAGUGAUCUGACAUUGAAACUAUUACAAAUGGAAAAAAAUAUAAAUGCUCUUAAUAAAAGAUGUAAGAGAAUUGAAGAGAAAAACUUUAAUUUACAACAAUCUGUACACAAAAUCCAAAGUGAAUCUUGUGCAGAAAAGUGCACAUGGGCCUCAAUGUCUCCACCACCACCCAACACCACUGAAGAAUAUAGUAUCCUAACAUCCAACACCUUUGAUCUUCUAACUGAUGAUGCAGCAAAUAAAGGUGAUAACACAAAUGAACAUGUGGAGUUGGAGUCCAAAGUAAACAAGGAAGAAAAUGUAGAAGAUGGAGUCGAACAGAAUGACAAUAUUCAGCAAGACCUCCCUCCCACUGUCCAACCAAACACAAGUGCACAACCCGAAACUAAAACUGACUACCAAAAGUCAAUCGACGCAGAAACCAUCAUCAUAUGUGACAGCAAUGGUCGAUAG